AUGGCCAACUUCUACGAAGUGCUGGGGGUGCAGUCCAACGCCACCCAGGAGGACAUCAAGAAGGCCUACCAUAAGCUGGCCUUGCGCUGGCACCCGGACAAGAACCCUGACAACAAGGAGGAGGCAGAGAAGAAGUUCAAGCAGGUGUCCGAGGCCUACGAGGUGCUCUCCGACUCCAGCAAGCGCUCGGUGUACGACUGCGCGGGCUGUGACAGCUGGCGCGCUGGGGGCGGCGGGGCCAGCACGCCCUACAACAGCCCAUUCGACUCGGGCUACACCUUCCGCAACCCCGAGGACAUCUUCCGCGAGUUCUUCUGUGGCCUGGACCCCUUCUCCUUCGACUUCAGAGACAAUCCGUUCAACAGUGAGCACGAGAGCCGCCUGCGGGGGGCCUUCUCGGUGGGCUUCGGGGAGUUCCCCGCCUUCAUGGAGGCCUUCUCGUCCCUGGACUGCCCGCUGGGCUCGGGAAGGUGCGCCAACCGCACCACUUUCUCGUCCACCUCCUUUGGGGGGACUGGUUCAGGCAGCUCGGGGUUCAAGUCCGUGAUGUCAUCCACCGAGAUGGUCAAUGGACACAAGAUCACCACCAAGCGCGUGGUGGAGAACGGGCAGGAGCGCGUGGAGGUGGAGGAGGACGGGCAGCUCAAGUCGGUGACCAUCAAUGGCCAGGAGCAGCUCAAACGGGUGGACAGCAAGUGA